UAUAUUUUCGGGAGGGUAGGUUUUCGCACGUCUGGGUGAUCUGAACUAAAAUAUUGGUUGUUUGGUUAUGUCAGCAACCGUUAAACUAACUUUAAAAUCUUGAGUUCCGAAGCGAGCGGCAAACUUCGGAUAUGUUCGGUAGUGAUCGGGGUUCAAUGAAUCUUAGGUUCACAACGCCGUGCGCAUGCGCUUUCCCGGUUGGAGGGGAAAUGGCGGCGGCAAGGAUGCGCGUCGCUCGCUGCGCACGAAAGACGGAGCAGGAGGUUGAAUAGAGAGAGAGGUAGAGUUGGUGGAACUGAUGGAGGGGAAAAGCGGGGAAGGAGAAGUGUAAAUAAACACACACUGCUGGUCGGCUCGCCGGCGCGUCUCGCAGCCCCGCGCGGGAGAAGGGUUUCCGAUUUCAGUCGCAGUCAGAGACAGGCGCUCGGACGGGCUCGCGGUAGUCCGCGCGACUUCUUUUGUUCCCGCCGCCGUUCAUUUGUUUUCCCUGCCGCUCCGCUGCGCAGGGCGGCGGGAAACCUAACUUGACGUGCAGGCGAGAGUUGGUCCAUGUGCGCGUUCGGUCGCCGGCAGCGGUGCUGAAGGAGAACCCCAUCUUCUGACGAAGACACUCCCGACAGCCCCCGGGGAGGGCCAUGGGCAGCAGGUCCACCCCUCCGGCCGCCGGCUCGCAACCACCCAGAGCCGUCGCAGUCAAGAAGGAGUCACCCGAAGACGACAUCAAGGAGUACGCGGAGACGGCCAUGAACGAGCUGCUGGGCUGGUACGGCUACGACAAGGUGGACAGCCGCGACACGCAGGGCCUCAACCUGCACCACUUCGCGGCCCGGCGGCGCUCGCCCUCCGACCUGGACUCCUCCGACCCGGAGAGCUGCAGCCCGGGCCGCCGCGGCGCCGGCACGGGGUCCUCGCAGGGCAGCCCGCCCCCAGACCCGCUGGGCGUGCCCCCAGACUGCUCGGUGUGCGGCUGGUGCCAGAAGGUGUGCAGCAACAAGCAGCUGUUCACGCUGCGCACGCCCGCCGGCCAGAAGGCCUUCUGCUCGGAGCUGUGCUUCGCGCAGUGCCGGCGCGCCAACUUCAAGAGGAACAAGACGUGCGACUGGUGCCGCCACGUGCGCCACACCGUCAACUACGUCGACUUCCAGGACGGCGAGCACCAGCUCCAGUUCUGCAGUGACAAGUGCCUGAACCAGUACAAGAUGAACAUCUUCUGCAAGGAGACGCAGGCGCACCUGCAGAUGCACCCCCACCUGCAGGACGGGCCCGGCGCCGCAGCGGGCACGCUCAUCACCCCGGAGCUCUGGCUGCGGGACUGUCGCUCCGAGUCGCCGCCCUCCGACCGCUCCCUCUCGCCGCCGCCGCCGCCACUGCCCCCGCUGCCGCCCCCCACGCCCGAGACUCCCCGCAGCCGCCGCCCCGCGCGCAGCCGCCGCCCCCACGCCACCUCGCCCACAGACCUCCGCGUCGCCUCCGCCUCCUCCUCGCCGCGCAGCGUCGACAGCGCGUCCCCCCUCCAGCCGCCGCCUCCGCCGCCUCUCAGGCUGCCGCCGCCGCCGCACCUGUUCCCCGGGCCGCGCCUGCCGCUGCUGCGGCCCCCGAGGACGUCGCCGGGCUACGGCGCCGCGCAGCGCCCGCCCCCGCUGCUGCCGCUGCCGCUGCCGCGCGCCCGAGCCCCCGCCCCCGCCCCCGCGCCGCCGCCGCCCGUCGCCCCCCACCCCCUGCACAGGUUCCUGCUGCCCCCCGUCACCGUGAUGGUGCCCUACCCGGUCAUCGUGCCCAUCCCCGUGCCGGUGCCCAUACCCAUACCCAUCCCCGUGCCGCUGCCGCCGCCCAAGAGCGGCGAGGCGGAGCAGCCGCCCCCCGAGCAGCCGCCCCCGGCGCAGGCGCAGGCGCAGGCGGAGCCGCCCCCGCCCCCGGCCGCCGAGCCCCCGGCGGGGCCACCACGCGCCGCCAGGCCGCCCAGGAAGCGCAGAAGACUGGAGGCGGUCGCCAAGGACGAGGCAGUCAUCAAGAGGAAGUUCGUCCCUGCGUGAUCGUUGCGUUCCGUGUCGUGUGUAUAGUGCAUAAUAAAUAUAUAUCCACUUUGGAAAUUUA